AUGAAGUCUCAAAUUUCCUCGAACUCUGUAAAAUCCGGUCCUCUUAAUGCCUCUUGUGUGGAUAAAGAGGAAGAUAACCUUGUCAGUGGCUUAGUGCAUCUGUGCCAGCGCUGUUGCAAUCCCCUUAAAUUGCAUCCUGAAUUCAUGCGUCUUCAAGGCGCUGAUAUUAUCCCUCUACUUAUUAACUAUGUUGAAUUCUUUUUUUUAGACGCAUUGGAACCUGAUGAUCAUCAAGCUACACUAACUCCGCUUACACUUCUUCCAGCUCGUAAUGCCCAAUCUGAAUAUCCUCGUUAUGUUAUUCCGCCUAGGUGA